CACAACAAUUACAUUUAUCUCGAGUCAAAUCAAAUAUCUCCCUAAUCGGAGUCGGUGGAAAAAAGUGCAACAAUUCCCGAGGAAUUGUUUCUUUGCAAUUAAAGCCUCAUUUCGAAUCAUCGUUCGAAUGUGUUGUAACCGCUCAUGUUUUGCCACGAUUAACUACUUCGUUACCUCCUGCUUCUCUCAAGGCUGGCACCUGGUCACAUUUAAAAAACUUACAAGUAGCAGAUCCCAACUAUCUUCAGUCUCGUCAAAUUGAUCUCUUACUCGGCGCCGAAGUCUAUUGUCAGAUUCUUCAAGAAGGAAUCGUGAAAGGACCUAUCGGGUCUCCUAUGGCUCAAUUUACUGAGCUAGGAUGGAUAAUCUCAGGUCCCACUCACUCCGGAACCUCUCCUAAUAGUUCUUUUAGUUUUCACAUAUCCAUUGAUGAAGACCUCUACCGUUUAGUGCACAAGUUUUGGGAGAUCGAUGAAGUACCUACAACUAACACCAUUCUUUCUGUCGACGAUCAAGCAUGCGAAGAUCAUUUCUUGUCCACCCAUUCUCGCACUCGAGAUGGAAGGUAUAUUGUUAGAUUACCUUUCAAGAAGUCAGUUGAUAACCUCGGCAAUUCUCGGCAAAGGGCCUCUCGGAUUAUGUUGAGACUUUCUCAUAAAUUUUCGUUAGAUUCUACUUACGCAAAGCAGUAUGCGGAGUUCCUGACCGAGUACGAACAGCUGGAUCACAUGAGGUUGGUCCCUCUUGAUUUACCGGAACCUCCGUUUGUAUACUAUUUGCCGCAUCACGGAGUAAGGAGGGAGCAAAGCCUCACCACUAAGCUUCGUGUUGUAUUUAACGGAUCCAGCGCUUCGUCCUCGGGGUAUUCCCUAAAUGACUUGUUGCAUACGGGAGCUAAGCUGCAAAUUGAUUUGUUCGACGUGCUUAUUUGGUUCCGUCAAUUUCAUUAUGUAUUUUCCUCAGAUAUGGAAAAAAUGUACCGCCAGAUAGGUGUUCAUUCCGACGAUUGGAACUUUCAACGAAUUCUUUGGUGCGAUGAAUCACACAAUUUAAAAGCAUAUCAACUAACGACAGUUACUUAUGGCCUAGCUUGUGCCCCUUUUCUCGCGUUACGCACCAUCCAGCAGUUGUUACACGAUGAAGGUUCCAAGUACCCUAUGGCGGUUUCAAGUCUACAAAAAGGACGGUAUGUGGACGAUCUGUUUGGCGGAGCAGAUAGCAUAGAACAAGCGCAAGAAGUGGUCUCUCAAUUAAAUCAACUGUGCAUGGCGGGCGGAUUUAAACUUAAAAAAUGGUCCUUUAACCAUUCGGAAAUUCUUGUCUCGAUUCCCAAGGACGAGCAGAUCUCCUGUUUAACCAUAGGGCUAGACAAUGAUACGAUUAUUCAUACUCUUGGGUUGCAAUGGCUACCAUCUAGCGAUAUGUUUCAAUUCACGUUUAACUAUGAAACUACCGCUGAAGUUACCAAACGCAAUGCCCUCUCGACAAUUGCCAGGAUCUUCGACCCUUUAGGACUUCUAUCACCAAUCAUCAUAGUCGCCAAAAUCUUUAUUCAGGAAUUAUGGUCACUAAAGAUAG